CUCUUUACAAAUACAUUUGGGCUGGUGGCCAGUUUACCUGAUGUGUGGCGUCGGCUUGGCAAUGACCAAGUAUUGUAUGGCGGCGUGCUGACGAUGACCGAACUACAGUGUACAGUAUGGCGGCGUGUUGGUGAUGGUCGUGCAUGCGUAUGCAUUAUGUUAUGUACAUAAACACACGUGUUGGUUCACCUACUACGGUGGCUGGUCCAGCCUGAAAGUUAUAAUCUAGGACACAUGAUACAGCGGGGUUACUACAGUCAGAAUAUCGUCACACGGUGUCGAUUCUAACUUGACUGUGUUGAAAAUGUCAAAGAUCUUAACCGUGUAACACGUGUUUUAUGUCGUUCUUCAACUGGAUGGAUGCCUGUGCAUAUUUCCUACAAUUGCAUAUAUUCUGUUUAUAGAAAAGACGUCAUGACUCCAUAUGUACUAAAAUAGAUGAUGAACCGUGACAGAGGUCAUAUUCUAUCGGAAAGUAACCAACCAGAUAUCAGCCUUCUAAAGCGUAGAUACCCUGGAAUGACAUUUUAUCGUUAUUUUGUCAGGUAACAUAGGUACGGGAGGCGUAACCAGCAGGUAAAACGUCAGGAAGACUACUGUACGAUCUCAUUCUGACACAGGUGUAUAACAACGAACCUCGCAAACGUGACAAAGCUAUGAAGUGUAACAUGAAGGAUUUAGUAAUAUCUGUGAUCCUGUUUUUAUACAUACAGCACAUACAUAUAGUGGAAUGCACGUGUGUCCUUUCUCAGCAGAGAUCCACUGAAUCCUUCAGAGAGAUGUUUAUGGGGCGAUGUCUUCAUUACCAAACCGUCAUUAACAGUCCGGAAUUCUGUUCACAACCUAAGAACUGUACACUGCUGUGGGAGUUAUUCCUCCAAGGAUUCGCCUACCAACCUCCAUGUAAUACGUCUAGUGAAGGCUUCCGUCCCUUUGUGAGAGCAGCAUAUCACAAUACCCCGAGAGACAAGCAUAUCUUCUGGUCAGGUGUCUACAGAAUGAUCGACAGGUAUACUUAUGGUGGCCGAAAGCUGACCGCCAUCGACGACACCUUAAUAGGAUACUUAGUAGACGGGUUCGACUUUUGUGGAAGUACGACUUCAGCGGAUGGGAACGAAGUGAAUAUAACGUCAUGUCCCAGGUGUCCACAUUCUGCGAGCACUGCAUUCUGGUCCAUAGCAUCAAUCAACUAUGCACUCGAUGCUAAAGGAGCCAUCAAGAUUAUGUUGAACUCUAGUCGCAGUCCGGCAAUAAGGCAGUCGUCGUUUUUUUUUACCAAGGAGCUCCCAAACAUACACCAGCCAAAUGUUACGAGCGCCCACGUGCUGCUUGUCCACAGCAUAGGAUACCAACCAAAAGAAAAUUGCUCAAGUCCAUCAGUGAAGAAUCUGACGACAAUAUUGACGUCAAGAGGUAUCAGCACCGUAUGCGAGGAACAACCAAGAGAUGUAGUGCUGCUUCAGUGUGCAGAUUUCCCCUCAAGCACAGACUGUGACAACAUCCUUAUCUCCUCGGGAUCAGACAGACAGAGUGCUCAUGUUUCCUUCAUCACGGCUGUAGUAUUGAAUUACGUGUUUCAGUCGUUCAUGUCACACCGCUAACGACUGACUUCUUUUUUGUUAUUUCAGCUAAAAUUAGACUGUUAAUAUGUCCUAUCCCGUGUUUUGUUUAUUUCCUUUUAAUACUGCUCAAACUAACACCUUUCGCACGUGAACACUUUAAUUUAUAUAUUUCUACAUUUAUAAACCUUAAUUCGUUGUUUCUAUGUUGUUUAUGUUAGCCAUCAAAUCACAAUGUAAUUAUAAUUGUGCUGAUAAAGUUGAACUGAAUUGUAUAUAUCGUAAACACAUGAUGACUUGAUCCAUUCUCU